AUGUCUGAAAUGGGACUUGAAGCAUCUUCUACUCGUUUCCAGAAUGGAGACACCUACUCGCUGCACGUGCCGGGAGGUGGUGCUCUCAGUGUUGUCCCGGGCAGAUAUCUUCCAGAGGAGGUUCAUAUUCGACCCUGGGAGCAAGCCCGGAACCAACUCUGGCGAGCAGAAGCAAACAAUGAUGGUUUCGGGUUCCGCAACGCGAGUACCGGAAAGCUUCUCGGGGUGAACAAGAAUGGAGACAUCGCAUGUGUUGCAAGUGACUUGGAUGACUGGGAAAGAUUCAAGUUUGAGAGCGGUGACUCGGGCACCAUAUUCUAUGUCAUCUUCAAGGGAUACCAACAGUACCUUCAUCAGCCGGCCCAGUGGGACUCUCUUCAAGUGACCGAGCAUCGAUCUAGCGCAAUUCAGCUACAAGUUGAGCAGGAAUAG